UCUGUAGCUAAAGCGGCGGUGGACACAAAGGGGAGACAGAGAGAGAGAGGGGUGGAGAGCGUGGAGAGGAGAGAAGAGGAGAGGAACUGAUUCCCCCCCACCCCCCGCUUCCCGAAACCCCCUCCCCCAUCUGUUCCCUCUCCCUUACCCUCGCGCGUACACACAUACACACACACACUCCCUUGCACGCUCACACACACACUCUCAUACAUACACGCGCGCAUCCACCGAGGAGCGGAGGCCUGGCGGCUCGUGGCUUGCAGUGCUGAGCCAAGGGUUGGGGGCGCGGCUGUUGCUGCUUCGGGCUUCCCGUUGUACCACCGACUCUCGAACACCCGGGGAGGGGAUGCUGAAGUGCUGCCCCGGGGAGGAGCGGACAGGACGGGCGCGGCUGCUUGGUGGCGGAGGCUGCGGCCGCUCCUCCGGGGUGUGAUUGAUGCUCUGGGCCUGCUGCUCCCUGCGCUCAACGCCGUCCUCCUCGGGCAGUUAGUUAUGGGGGCCGCGGGGGCCGCCAGCGCCGCGGGGACCACACUCCGGCUGCCCGCGGCUCCCCAGCUCGCUUUCUGCUACACGUCGGUUUUUCUGCUUUUCGCUUUUUCCGUGCCCGGGAGCAGAGCGUCCAACCAGCUCCCGGGAGGCGGCGGCGGCGGUGGCGGCGGCGGGGCAGGAGCGGGCGCUGGAGCAGCAGCCGGAGGAGGAGGGGGCGCAGCCGGAGGAGGAGGAGGAGGAGACUGCCCUGGCACGGGCAAAGGAAAGAGCAUCAACUGCUCAGAAUUAAAUGUGAGGGAAUCUGAUGUUAGAGUUUGUGAUGAAUCGACUUGUAAAUAUGGAGGACUCUGUAAAGAAGAUGGAGAAGGCUUGAAAUGUGCAUGUCAAUUUCAGUGUCAUACAAAUUACAUUCCUGUCUGUGGCUCAAAUGGAGACACUUACCAAAAUGAAUGCUUCCUCAGAAGAGCUUCUUGUAAACAUCAGAAAGAGAUAACAGUAGUGUCAAGAGGACCAUGUUACUCUGAUAAUGGUUCUGGCUCUGGAGAAGGAGAGGAAGAAGGGUCAGGAGCAGAAGUUCACAGGAAGCAUUCCAAGUGUGGACCCUGCAAAUACAAAGCUGAGUGUGAUGAAGAUGCAGAAAAUGUUGGGUGUGUGUGUAACAUAGACUGCAGUGGAUACAGUUUUAAUCCUGUAUGUGCUUCUGAUGGGAGUUCCUACAACAACCCAUGCUUUGUUAGAGAAGCAUCAUGUGUAAAACAGGAACAGAUCGAUAUAAGACAUCUUGGACAUUGCACAGACACAGAUGAUACUAGUUUGUUGGGAAAGAAGGAUGAUGGAUUACAGUAUCGACCAGAUGUGAAAGAUGCUAGUGAUCAAAGAGAAGAUAUUUAUAUUGGAAACCACAUACCUUGCCCUGAAAACUUCAAUGGUUACUGCAUACAUGGAAAAUGUGAAUUCAUUUAUUCUACUCAAAAGGCUUCUUGUCGAUGUGAAUCUGGUUAUACUGGACAGCACUGUGAAAAGACAGAUUUUAGCAUUCUCUAUGUGGUUCCAAGUAGACAAAAACUUACCCACGUCCUUAUCGCAGCCAUCAUUGGAGCUGUACAGAUUGCCAUUAUUGUUGCAAUUGUCAUGUGCAUUACAAGAAAAUGCCCUAAGAACAACAGAGGACGUCGGCAGAAGCAAAACCUAGGCCAUUUUACAUCAGACACAUCAUCCAGAAUGGUUUAAUUCGAUGACUUUUAUAUGUACACCAACCAUGUGAUAAACAUUUUAUUAUGUCUUUUUUUAAAGAAUAGAAAUAUUUAUUUCAGAGGCCUUAUUUUUGGACAUUUUUAGUGGAACACUGUUGGCUUGUAUUUAGAAAAGCAUCAACUCUAACAAUUAUGGAGUUUCUGUUUUGUGCUUUUAAAUACUGAAUUUCAUUUUCUGUAUCUGUAACACAUGGUUAUAUAAGACUUGUACUUUACCCAUGGAAUGUAAUAUUUUUGCAAACCUUGAUCACUUCACAAAUAAUUAUAGAAUCUCACACUUACACGCACACACACACACACACAAGAAUCAAGCAUGAACUAAAGGUAAAAAAUGUUUACAAAUUACUUUUCAUACAAAAAAAAAUCCUAGAAGACACUGUGUUUAAAUAGAUAUUUAAAUGUUUUUGAGAUUUAGUACAUGAUUUUUUUAGAUACUGCUUAUCGCAUGAAUUGUGAAGCUGUAUAUGUGUGUAGCUGUAAAAUAUUUAUAAAAUGUUUGGAUUGUAAACCAAGCACUAUUCUCCUUGUGAAACAUUUCUAAUAUUUGGAAAAGGUUCUUAUGGUGCUGAUGGAACAAAUCCAUAAAAAGUGGGCCCGUAGAUUUAGUUAUUGUGAUCAUUGACUUUAAAAGGCAACAGAUUGGAAUCAAGCCUACUUUUUUCAUUAAGACCAUUUUAAUAGUCACUUUUUUAAAGAAAAUAUUUGUUUAACACAAAAAAUUAAUCAAUUGUAUUAGUGUUUGUGAUUAAAAAUGAAAAAACCCCCCUAAUUUACAAGCAGUGUUCUUGAAGAGAAUAUGCCAAGAGCUUAAAAAAAAAACAACAACCCUCUCUCCAAAUUAGACUUCUGGUUAUAGUUAUAUUAAUAGAUUGUUGAUGUUUGGAAGAUCUGAAAUGUGAGUAGGAUGUAUUCAGCUGUUUAAUAUGUAGCUUAGACUUUCAAAAGUAUGCAUGUAGAAUUUAAUAAUUUGUUGAAAAUAAACAAUUGAUUUUAAUAUUUGGUUUGGAAAGCAUGUUAAAAUACAAUGUUUUCACUUUA